GACAGUCGUGUCAGUGGUGCGGUGGUGCUAACAGCUUCAUCUCGUACAGUACAUCUCAUACUCGCUUCAAGUCGUAGCGCGGUGGUGCUAACAGCUUCAUCUACUGUAAUCAAGCAGAUCUGGGAAAAACGAGAACUAGAUUUCUGAAGUGCUGCUAAGUAUUUUAGCCUUUUAGUCAAACCACAGUCAGCAAGUGUUCAGCUGUGUGUGCUGCCAGCAGCGGCGACUGAAAGUCUACCCACAGGAAAGGCAAUCCAGAUUAGACGAAAAGGCAUUCUCAGCUGUGUCUGAAGAUGACGUACUAUGCAGUAAAACCAGAAGUGUAUGAAGAAGAUAAGUUUUCUUGAACGUCGAUGCCCCAAGGGUGAACAGGAGUGUUGUUCCUGGUCUUCAGCUACAAUGUCGUCUUUUUUCUCCGUGAACUGGAUUCUUCUGAUCCUGUUUACAGGCCCCACUGUAUCGGGAUCACUUGUGAAAGGAAAGGUUGGUCAGAAUAUCACUGUGCCCUGCUUUUACAGUGUUAGGAGAGAACAAGACAUCACAUCAAUGUGCUGGGGUCGUGGCAAGUGCCCUGCUUCAAAAUGUUACCAGACCAUUAUCUGGACAGAUGGGUGGAAGGUGACACAGCGGUCCAACAGCAGGUAUAUUUUGAAAGGGAAUCUGGUGACGGGCGAUGUCUCCCUCACGAUUGUGAACGCUGUGGAAGCCGACAGUGGGACAUACUGCUGCCGCGUGGAGAUCUCAGGGUUGUUCAAUGAUCAGAUAAGUAAUCACAACGUUGUGGUAGAGAAAGCUAGAAUCUCUACUGCAAGUCCUCACACUUACACCUCUGAAAAGACCUCAGCUCCUGGGAGCACCAGUGAAUCAUCCUUCACCACCACAAGAACGUGGCCACCGGUUUCUCCUUCGGAAGCUCCUCAGACCGCCCCUGGUCCCUGCUCAAACACCUCAGACUGCUGGGAUGUAACCUCCAACCUGCAGAACCCGUCUGUGUCGCGUCCCAGUCAGCAGUAUUCAGAAAACUGGCUAUACAUUGGGAUUAGUUUGUGUGUGGUGCUUCUAGUCAUCCUUUUUGUGUCUCUGUUUGUCACCAGAAGUAAGUGCUUUUCACAGGUGGUUAUUCAGGUGGGUCGGGUACAUGAAAUCACAACUGUGGCAGAUGCCACAUGUCUCCUGCUUCAGGGAAGUGAGCGAAGGUCUCUGUGCGGCCACACUCUGUGCUGUCGUUGCUUGCUCGGCUCUCCCCCUUAGCCUCGGGGGCACAGAACAGCGAGGUGCCAGUGUGGUCUCGUCAUUUUAUGUCUCGGACUCCUUAGCAACCAGUCAACCCACCGUCUGGUGAGGAGAUGCGUGAUACAAAUCCCCCUCCCCUGCACCAUUCAUUUCCUCCUACCCAUUCCUCCUCAGUUGCCAUGUUGUCCCAGUCUUUCCCAAUGGGAGGGGCACUGGUUUCAUAUAACUAUAUCCAAUAAUUUUUUUUAUGUGCCAGACUUUCUCCAUAGAGGCUGUUGGUCAGACCAAGCCAUCUGAAUUAAAUCUCAUGGAAAUAAUGGGGAUUUCCCAUACUGAAAACAUCUGCUUAAAGUUCCCAUAUUUAGUUUCUUACACUUGAAUUAUUUUUUUUUUUUUGUGAACCUGCUACUUUACUUGCUUCUGAUGGUUUAAAGAAAAUUGUUUGUUUUUCUUUUUUCUUUAUUUUCACCCUGGAUGGUCCUUAGAAUAUUUAUACAAUACAAAGACGACGGGUGACUUUCCAAAGUAAGUAUUCUGUUCCCGCUUUAGCUAAUUGGACAAACUAGGUUGCAGAAAGAAAACAUUGUGAGUAUGCUGACGGUUCCACCACAUACUUUGACUUUCUUUUUUUAAACUCAAGUUAAUAGGCAACAUUGGAAAAAGAAAUUAAUAAGUUCUGCUAUUAUUAGUUAGUAAGCAAAAAUGAGUAUAACUUAGUUCAUUGCAUUAGAGAGCAUGCAAACUUCAAGUGUGGCUUGUCUCGUAAGUGGAAAAAUGAUUCGUUAUCAGUCAUGCUUAAAUAAGUGGUUUUGCAUAUUUUACAUUUUUCCAGUGAGCUGGUUGAUUUAGCUGUCUGCGCUUCUCCUGUGUUUCUAUCGUCUGUUUCUUGUUUAACAGCAUUGUUUUUACUCUGUUGUGCAGCUUCGUUGCAUUUUGGAGACCGGAACGUGCAGGGAACCAUAGUGCCCUGGAAGAUGAGACUCAUGCAGAGGAAAACAUUUAUAUAAUACACUAAAGACUGUAAACAUGCUUGCCUUUGCCAUCGUUGGGACAUUAAAUACUUUGCAAAAUGUUAGCUGCUCCCUCUGCUCAGCAGCUAAAUGUGACUGGACUACUGAAGCAUUAUUCACAUCAUUCUAAUAAAACAAAUAAAAGCUACACUUCUAAUUAAAACCUUUAUCAGCCUGUUCCAGAAACAGAAACCCUAUUGGCUCAAAUGGAAAUUUCCAGAAUCCACUUAUGAAGCCCUAAAGGAAAUUACCAUUAUAUUUAUUAUCUGCUUCAAAUUCUCUCUUCCUUUUUGGAAAAAAGAGGAAGUGCCAGAAGUGCUCAGUCGCAAAAGGAAAACCACACGGUUUGUUUUUUUUUUUUAAACUUUGUCUUUACUGUGUAUUCUGUCUGCCAGCUACACAAGAGUCCGUGCCAUCAGGGGGCAGAAGCAAUGUCACAGCUGCCCCGACAAAGAUGACACAUGGAAAAACUGGGUAGUAUUAGUGUUUUAAUGUACAUUUAGUUGAAUUUUCAUUAAAGUCAGGUAUACCUAGUCCUGCUAGGAGCUCAGUAAUACAAUGUACUGAGCCCGCGGUUAAAUCCGGAGAAGCUACUGACGCUCACCCCCUCAUGGGAUGUCCUCAGAGCCUACACCAUCAAUGUGCAGAAUAGUCACAGCUUGUUUUCAGAGAACUAUGACUAAGUGGGUUUUCCUCUGCAAAAUACAUCACUUUUUCUGUGGCUUUCUCCCUGGGCCCGCCUAUGCCCUGAGAAGUCCUCAGGGUGGAAAGUUUCACUUCUAGGCCUCUAAAACAACUGAACAAAAAGUAACCACUUUGUUAAGUUAAUUAAAUUCUUACCUUUCUUAAAUUGUGGAAAACGUCGUGGACAUCGCACAAAGUAUUGGCUGAAAGUUUGCCCUGCCUUUGCGCCCCUCCAGGUGUCAAACACCGCUGUCUUAUGCUGGGUUGGUUUGAUGGCUUUUAGGUCGUCAGUGGGAGUAUCUGUGGCUUAGAGCCUUCCCUCCAUUGCUCCUCAGUACAAGCCUUUCCUGCCUUGUUGAGCAACACACACAACACACCCAAAUCAGUUUUAAGUGGGAGAAUAACUUUCCCCAAGCAUUUUUACGACCGCGUUUUUAAACAGAGGCUGGGGACUUCCCGAAAGAGUGGAAAAGCAGUACAGGCAGGAGAGAGACCAACUCUUACUAAGUAUUGGUCAGGACAAAUUUUGCCCCGAAGCUCCUCGCGAGCAGCAAUGUACGAUACCUCAAGCAGAGAUUGCUGCCACAGGGAAGGCUCACAGACUUACCGCAACCUUUCUAUCAUUGAAUUUGUCAUUUUCGCAAAGAACAAAGCUGUGCUAUCCAAUGAGGCGUAAAGGAGCAAUAAUAAAAUCAGUAGGUGUUUGUGUUAGCAGCUGAGGCACUGGGGGACACAGUCUGGUUGUGCUUUAAGGGGAGCCGGGCUCAGCGGAGCUGUUACCCAUCCUUCCCCCGGCUGGCAGAGAUGGGAGGGCUGGAGCGGGCUGGGAGGGGAGUGUUUCCCCCCGGGAGUCCUGGCGAGGCUGGCUGCGGUGGGAUACCGCAGGUGAGCACGCCUACAAAGGCUCGCGAAGGAGGGAAAGGCUCCUCAUCCUGUUGAGGAAGGCAGAAAUGGAAAGCAAGUUGGGAGAGGGGACCCUGGUGCGCUUUGUAUUUUCACUUGUGCUGCGCGUUGUCUUGCGGCUGCCUGUUGCAACAGGCCUAAAAGGUUGAAAAAAAUGGAGGUGAAUUCGUGGUUGACUAAAGAGCUCUGGGUGGGAGCACAGACAUUAGGUGGUUACUGAUCCCUGGGCCAGGAAAGGUGUUGGAAGAAACCAGCUCUGCCAUUUUCUGCCUUCCUGUCACGUGUUGCCAUGUGUGAGAAGGUACCGAAACUAAAAAGGGCCUGUUAGUGUUAGACUGUAUUUUUUUUAUUUGACUAUUUGUAACAAUUACUAAACUAAAAUUACUGACCCUCCCAGCAGACAUUGCUUUCCUUCUGCCUGGCUGAACACGUCGCUGCUGCGGGCUCUGGCCCGUGACCGAAGCUGGAGGAAGUCUGAUCAGGUCUCUGAACUAGAUCUCAGAAAACAUCUUCAGUGAUUUCUGCUUUCUGCAACUUUUACCAACUCAGUCUCUACUGGGAUCAGAGUUAGAAAAGUGGUGGGUUUCCAAAAUGAUCUGAUUCUAACCACUCAUGCUUUUAAGGAGUUUGAGGACACUUCUUGAACGCUGCUA